ACCAGCAGCACUGUUCGCUGAGAGGAGAGUGAUGGGAAAGAUGCAUGGGCAGCGUUGCAUCUUCCUGCUCACCUUAAUGGUGGCUGUUGCCAUCCCGGUAUCUUUGGCUUUCAACAUUGAUGUGACAACUCCUGAUGUCUAUACUAGUGAACAAAAUGAUUUCUUUGGAUACAAAGUGCUUCAGUUCAUGAAUGGCACAAACAAAGGAAUAAUCGUUACUGCACCGUUGCAGCUAAAUGGAUCUGGGGGAAUAUGCAAACCGGACCAAAUCCAAACCACCAAGUGCUUCAACCCUGAAGACACAAAAAUACCAGUUAAGCACUUUGGCCUGUCAAUAGCUGAGGACUCCAAACGCUCCCAGUUCACUGUUUGCAGUCCAAGUCUAGUCCAUGAAUGUUAUGGGAACUCCUAUAUGAACAGCGUGUGCUACAACAUCACAGAUCAUCUUGAGCCAAUUUCCUCUUUCAGUCCGGCUUUCCAAGAAUGUGAAAAAAAGACAGUGGACCUUGUCUUUCUAUUUGAUGGAUCAGGGAGUAUGACCGAAGCAGAGUUCAACAAAAACAAAGAUUUCAUAGUGGAUAUUAUCAACAACCUUAAGAACUCAUCAAUCAAGUUUGCAGCAGUUCAGUUCUCCACAAAUUACAAGAAAGUUUUUGACUUCAAUGAAUAUCAAAAGGGGAGCUAUCUCGAAAAACUUAGGAACGAACGCCAUAUGAGGACUCUCACCAACACACACGGAGCCCUCAAAUUUGUGUUUGAAGAAAUCUUUGAGAACCAAAAAGCAGGUGCCUCUGCUGAUGCAACUAAAGUUCUGGUACUAAUCACAGAUGGAGAUCCCAGUGAUUCAGACUAUCAGAAGACUAUCAAAAGAUAUGAUGACAACAACAUUAUUCGCUUUGUCAUUGGGGUAGGAGGGAAACUGGCAAACUUGGAUAAAUUUAGGGGCAUUGCUUCAGAACCAACAGAAAAAUAUGCCUUCAAAAUUGAGAACUAUGACGGACUCACGGGAAUACUGGAAAACUUUCAAAAAAAGAUCUUUACAAUGGAAGGCUCCAAAGUGGCUCGGGCAGGAGAAAUGACUAAUGAAAUGUCUCAGAGUGGAUUCAGUGCUGUCUUCUACAAAGAUACCUUGAUUCUGGGUUCAGUGGGAUCAAACAGCUGGCGUGGUUCUCUCCAAGAACGUCAUGAACAAAAAGAAACACAAAUUGAAGAUCCUGACAUGCCAAUGGACUCCUACAUGGGGUACUCAAUUGCUGUUGGAGAGAAGAAUAAUGCUUCUUUAUAUUUCACGGGUGCACCGAGAUUUGAGCACACAGGACAGGUCGUACUUUUCACACAUGAUGGCACAAACUGGACCACAACCCAAAGAAUAAAUGGGACACAGAUCGGUUCCUACUUUGGUGCAGAGUUGUGCUCAGUAGAUGUCAACUCAGACGGUAACACUGAUUUCCUGCUGGUAGGAGCUCCACUGUUUUACCAGCCUCAGGAGAAGAAAGAAGGCCAGAUAUACAUCUACACACUGACUGAUGAGUUGAAACUGGAAAGUAAACUGAACGUGAGUGCACCAUCCAUGGGGAGAUUUGGCACCACCAUAUCAAGUCUUGCAGAUCUGAAUGGGGAUGGGCUCCGAGACUUUGCUGUUGGAGCCCCCCUUCAGGAUGAUAACAGGGGGGCGGUCUACAUCUACCUUGGUGACAGACACAGAGGGAUACGCAGCACUUUCAGCCAGAGAAUCAUGGGACAGGAAAUAAUGUCUGGGCUGAGAUUCUUUGGACAGGCCAUUGCUGGGGACAUUGAUCUUGGGCAGGACGGACUCCCAGAUAUUGUGGUUGGCUCACAGGGCACUGCUGUUGUCUUAAGGUCCAGGCCCGUUUUUAAUGUCAAGUCACGUCUCUCUUUUCAACCUAAGGAGUUAAGCACUGAAACAAUUGACUGCCUUGAUAACACUGAUGCACAUUUACCAAUGGUUACCUUACAAGCCUGCUUUGAAAUGGUCGAAAAAACAAAGGGCAAAGCAGCGGCAAUGGACCUAGGACUGAACAUCUCGUACACACUCAAUGUGGAUCCCAAUAGACAAAUGUAUCGAGGUUUCUUCAGUCAAACCGACAAGAAAGCAAGGAAUAUCACCUCAACCUACGAGCUGAGGGAUGCAGACACCUGCUUCAACUUCUCCAUCUACAUGCCAAAAUGUGUGAAAGACACAUUAUUGCCCAUCAUCAUCAAACUAAACUUUUUUCAAGUUGACAGUGAGAGCGCAAAUGCUGUCCUGGACAUGGACAGCAAAACGCAGACUGUUGUUCAGGUUCCCUUUGAAAAGCACUGUAAAAAAAAUGACAACUGUACUGCUGAACUUGAGGUGGAUUUCAACUUCAUGCACAAAACAUUAUUGGUGGCAGAAAAUACAUACUUCCUCGUCUCUGUAAAACUGUCCAAUCAUGGAGAUGACUCAUACCACACCAGCCUAACAAUGAACUAUCCUCAAGGCCUCUCCUUCUCCAGGAUGACUCUUGAAGUGUCGACAAGACCAACGCUCCACAGCUGUCAAGAACUAGAUGGAGAAGACACAAGAAAAACUGUGUGUAAUGUGAGCCCUCCUGUGUUUCGCAGCAAAUCAUCUGCAACAUUUAUUACUUAUUUCCACAUCAUGAAGGACAGUGUUUGGAAUGACACAUUGUUGAUGACCAUUACUGGAAACAGUGAAAAUACAAACUCCAGCAGGACCAAUUCCCAGACCGAAAACAUCACAGUGAAAUUUGAAAUUAGAAUGGCUGUCACUGUGAAAGAAGACCCUAUCACUUAUCUGAACUUCACAACAGAGGAUACUGGACCGAAAAAAAUGGUUACUAUAUAUAAGCUAGAUAAUCUUGGUUUCAAGGCCUUUCCUGUCAAUGUGUCCCUGUUCUUCCCAACUAAACUGGAACAUAACUUUGAAAUGACGAACUAUCAAGUCUAUGUCCAGCAGAACAAAACUCAAUGCACAGGCGUUACCGACAUGGUACCGAAUUCUAAAUACUGCUCGCCAGAAAAAAAUUGCAAAGUCAUAUUGUGUGACAGUUUCAUCCUGGAGAGAGAAUCAUCCACUGAGAUUACACUGUCAGGAGACGUACACUUUAAGGAUCUAAAACAGAAUGCAGCGAAUAUUGCCUUUCUUAAACGAUAUACUGGAGACAGUGCAGAGGUUAAAUUUAAAAGCUUUAUGCGUGUUAACUAUGACAAGCAACGGUAUAUGCUGAAAGAGGAGAUGUCUGACAACAUUCCAACAGGGACAAUGACUGAAGUUCGUGUUGAGUUCAUAAUCCUCCCGAAUGAACUGCUGAUCAUUGCAACUGGAGCUGGAAUGGGACUCUUGCUUCUGCUCAUAAUCACAGUCAUCAUGUUUAAGUUGGGUUGUUUUAAGAGGAAAACUCCUAACGACGAACCGGAGGAAGGAACUCCUCUUCAGGCUGGAAACCCUGAUAAUUCCACCACUGGCACCACCAACGGGAUAGUCAGCCAAUCAGAGACUGACUGCACAUCUGACCAACCUCCAGAGGACAAGAAGUUCCUUGGUGAUGCAGGACUGUGUGGCGAUCCGUGAGAGCGAGAGCACGGAUGCGACGGAGGAGCGGGGUGUGUCCACUCUGCCAGCCGUAGGAGGAGAGAGCGUGGUGGACAGUGGGCUGGACCCUGAACUUCAGGCUUUCGCCUGAGUUUGGAUUUCCAUUUCUACUAUCUCACCAGUAAGGUCUUUCCCUCCUGUGGAUUUGGAGGAUCAUGUCAGAUACAUUUUUUUCUUCUUUUCUGACUGAGCUCAAACAGGUACUGGGUUGUGCAUAAUUAAAUUAAAAGGGACUAUUGCUGCAAUCAAAACUUAAAAUGUAGUUUCUGGCCAGAACAUAUUAUUGUCAUAUGUAUUUUGGGGUGUGAAAUGGGAGUGACAUUUUCAAUAUUACUAUUUUCUUGAAAAGAGUCAGUGUGUUUUCAUUCUCUGUGUGAAUUCAAUAAUCUACAGCCAAAGACAAAUUAGUUAUUAAUAGGGCUGUCAGCAUUAACUCGUUAAUCGCCUUGCGAUUAAGGGCCGAGCAUAAUGCGUUAAUUUUUUCUAAUCGCAUGCCGCCAUUUAUUAAUUUAUUUUCACUUCACUCGGCUUUGCGUCGUGGCUAACAGGCUACUAUGGACCUUUUUCACGGCAGACAUGUUGACAUGUCAUAGUAGGAAACGCACUGUAUUCAAAACCA